CACCAUUUGCCUGUUAGUAUAGAAUGCUGUAAUCUCUAACAUUCCUGUGAAACCAAAAACUGGCUGGAAGAUGUAAAUGCAAAUAGUCACAGAAGCCAAACAAGCCCUCUAAUUUCCAGAUGUUAUUCUUUACAACUCUAGGACCGUGUCAUCUUUUACCAAGGUCAGGGAAAUUAUCAGUCUAUGGGGAAUCACCGGAUCUAAUAAGUUAAUACUUCAGCAAAGAGAACAUGGAAGAGUACGAUCCACCAGUCGGUUUAAAAGAGACACUUCCCUAUCCGAAGCCGGGGACGUUUGUCCCAAAAGAAUUCUACGUCUUCCUAGAUAACAGUUAUGAUGAGAUACCUGAAUAUGAUUAUAGAUUUGUAGCCCUGGAACUAGAGGACCCUGCCUUAACCGAUUACACUGAGGGAGAUACUGGAGAUGUCGAACUAGAUUUGGAGCCCACUUACCUAUUUGUGCAUAUAGUCCGAAAGGUAGGCUCAGAUGUUACGAUUCCACUUUUGCAAGAGUAUCAAAUAGAUGAUGGAACUGAAAAUCUAAACACAAUCAAAGCUUAUCAACUUUUUAAAUAUGUCUGUGAUAAAAAGGAUAACGACGUUGAAAGAAAACUUGUACGCACCAGAAACACACCAGAUGAUGAUGAUAAAGUUAAUUAUCAGCCACCGUCUCUGAAAGCUGCAUACAAAGAAAUCAAGGUGUGCCUAAAGGAAUCGUGGAAACAACCAGAGGUAGAGAAGAGAAAAAUUGUUAAACGACUACUGCUAAAAUGGCAUCCUGAUCAAAACCAUGAUAACGUAGAAUUUUGCAAUAAGGUAUUUCAAUGUAUACAGCAGUGCCUUCAACGCUUAAAUAAAAGCCUAGAUCUCGUUAAUGACGAUGCGGAUGAUGAAGGCGCGCAAUCCAGUGGUAGAAAUUUCGAUUUUAGUUUUCCGGAAGAUUAUUGGUCUUCGUGGCUUCAACGUUUAUUGGAAAGGUACAAAAGAGGAAGAAAAUUUUAUGAGGAACGUUACAAAAGUAGAACUUACGAUGAAUGUGAUGGCGACUGGAACGCUAAAAGAGCCUUUUUUGGUGAACCAGAGCUACAUCCCUACCAUUACCGUGCAGAAGCACGACGUUGGCAGAAACAAGCAAAAUCUGAUUUGGACAACAGUACACUUUCUCUGCAAAGAAAACCGAACAAUUCGUUCAACUGGGUCUGCUACAUGGCACAUCAGGCAGCUGAAAAGUCUAUGAAAGCCGCAUGGUAUGCCAAGGAUGCCAACAAAGUACAUACAGUUAGAUACAGUCACAACUUGAAUAGCAUCGCUUCUGGACUAGGAUCAGGUAUAGAAACUUUAGCAAGAAAUGUGUCCACUUUGACAGGAGAACAUACGAGGAUGAGAUAUCCAGACGCCUUUUACGGGCAACAGGUACCUGAAAAAGCAUUCAACAGAGAAACAGCGCAGACAGUUGUAUCAGCUGCCAAACAAAUAAUAGAGAUUGUUCAGGGCAAUUACAUCAGAUGAAUGAUAUGUUGGUGUAGUGACGUCUUAAGUUACUAACCUUUCAAAAACGUUAGGGUUAGCAUAUCUUCUACAUGCAUGGAGGGAUUUUGAUGAAAGUUGGCACAAUUGUUCACCAUCAUGAGACGGAGUGUCAUGCACAAGAACCAGGCCCCUAGGUCUAAGGUCAAGGUCACACUUAGAGGUCAAAGGAUACAAGAAUGAAAACUUUGUCCGGAGCAUAUCUUCUUCAUGCAUACAGGGAUUUUGAUGUAACUUGGCACAAUUAUACACCAUCAUGAGACGAAGUGUCCUGCGCAGUUCCCUUCUUUAGAAUUACUUCCCUUUGUUGUUACUAUAAAUAGCUUAUAUUGUAACUUUUUCAUUACUAGACGUAGGGAAAAAUCGAGACCACUUUUCUGUAGUACAACAUGCAUGUUACAUCCAAUUUUGAGGUGUAUUUUGACCAAUCUCUACCUGGUAAGGAUUUCUGUGUGGACUUACAAUUUUUUUUUUUUGUAUUUUUUUGUAUUUUUUUUAAGAUUAACUUCCCUUAGUUGUUACUAUAAAUAACUUAUAUUGUAACUUUUUAUAAUUGACCGUAGGGAAAAACCAAGACCACUUUUCUGUGGUACAACAUAGUUGUUACUUUCUAAUUUUAGGUGUAUUUUAAGGUAUCUCUACCUGGUAAGGAGUUUUUUGUGGACUUAGAAAAACAAAAGAAUUACAAUGAUUACUAAACAACCACAAAAUUAAAAUUACAUCUGCAAAUACAGGUGCUAGAGUAAAGAAAUUUGCUGUGACGGGCGUAUAUUGUGACAUUCUGGCACUCUUGUUUAUUUUUAUGAAAAGUGUUGAAAACCUGGUUUCGUGGCAUUGCCGCGUUUCUUGUUAAGUGCAUUGUAUGCAAGACUCAACACACUUAUCACUAUUCACUAUUUUUAAGUUCAGUUCUUCAUAAAUCUAAACAUUCAGCACUUUAUGGUAAUCAUAAUGAUAUAUUUAUUCUGUUAAUUUUUUGUUCAAAUAAGCUAUUAGUAUAGGUGGGUGGUUCGGCUCCAUCGCCAAAAGUGUAACUUAAACAUCUGAACAAGUUCUUGUCAUGAACCAUUUGAAUGGUCUUAAGCAAGGUUGGUCUGUAGCAGACUUGUAUGGAUGUCUGUAGCAGUCUUGUAUGGAUUUCUGUAGCAGUCUUGUAUGGAUUUCUCUCGAGUUUGUUCAGAUAGUUGUGAUUCGCUCCUUUUAUGUACUGCCAAGGCUAAAAAUAGAAAAAAUGACCUUAAACGGCUUCUUUUCCUGAACCAGUUUAAAGAUAUUCACCAAACUUGAUCUGUAGCAGCAUUGUAUGGACCUCUCUGAAUUUUGUUAAAAUAUAGAAAUAUCUUUUAACGACUUCUGCUUAAGAAGCAGUUGAUUGAUCUUUAUUUAACAAAAUUGUUCCGUUUAGUGAUAAUUAAGCCGUAACAUUUAUUUAAGGUCAAAGGGGCGAUUUAUGGUCCUCCUUUUCUUUUCUUUUCUUUCGUUGCUUCAUGAUUUAUAUGUCCAUUGAGCAGUUUAUGUUGUUGCAUGCCGGUUUAAAACUGCGGAGUAGGGGAGGGUAAUAUAUCACUCUUUUAUUUUGUUGCUGCGUCAAAAAGUCUGGCUGCUACGACAACAAAUGCAGUGUAGUUAAAACAUUUGCAAGUCUUUGAAAUGCACAACAUGUUUUUGGAAGACAUUGUAGAAAUUACGAAAUUUGUGUAUCCGUCAGUCACAAAGUCUUAUGUUUAAAAGAUUUUUUUUCAUAUGGAGACUAUAUAUUAGUACAUCAUUUUAUUUUGGUCCAUUUAUUUUACUGUGCCUUCUGUCCGUCUGGCAGUCAGAUGGAUCCUGAGGUUACUUUCAAAUUACAAAAGAUGCGUAUGAAACAUAAUACUAGUAUAUAUAUGUAACUUAAUUCAUGUUCGGGGCCUUCGUGACCGAGCGGUCAAGGUCGCUGUAUUAGAAUCGCUUGCUCCUCACCGAUGUGGGUUCAGGCCUCACUCAGAACGUUGAAUUCUUCAUCAUGUGAGGAAGCCAUCUAACUAGCUUACGGAAGGUCGGUGGUUCUACCCAGGUGCCGCCCGUGAUUUAAAUAAUGCGCAGGGGGCGGGGGCACCAUGGAUCUUCCUCCACCAUCAAAGCUAGAAAGUCGCCAUAUGACCCGUUAUUGUGUCGGUGCGUGGUUAAACCCAACAACAACGACAACAAAAACAAAUCCGUUUGCCAGCCCAUUAGCCCGCUUAUUUACCUAUCCGUCCUCCAGUCACAAAAUUUGUGAACUUUGUAUAAGAGAUUUAAUCGUGAAAUACAUAAUAUAAUAAACGGACUAUUUUGGAGAAUAUGCAGGUUCUUUUAUUGAUGUCAUUGUUUAGAUAGGGUAUUCUGGAUAACUUGCAGGCUAGUUUUGUUGUUUAUUUUGCUCUGCCUGAAGUUGUGGUUGCUAAGUAAACAACAACUUACUCCGGUAUUGAGACCUUUGAUGCUUAACAAUAGUAUCGCUUUAAUUUUUUACAUUUUUUCCGUGUUCAGUACCUCUGCUACUAUAUAUCUGCCUCGUUGAGCAUAAUUUCUGGCAUAGGCGGACAGCAACCUUUUGCAAGGCAACUGAAUGCCUUCCUCACAUGAACAUGUUAUACACCUCAGCGGUAUAUGGGGCAAGUCAGCGACCUUAACCACUCGGCCACAGAGACCCUUAAAUGUAAUUUGUUAAAAGAUUUGUACAUUUGUAUGUGUUGCAAAACAAAAGUUAUAAAAAUGUCUGUGUGUAGAUAUUUAUCCAUAAAUAAGUUUAUCAUGUAAGAACCUUCAAGAACAUAACAAUGCAUCUUCUUAAUUAGUAUGUAGAGAUUCGCGAUGACAAUAAGAACGAUCUUUUCUCCGGUAUUCGGUAUAUCAAUUUGAAAAUAUGAGUUUUACAGAGGUCGGUAAUAAUACUAUCUCAUCUGUUGCGUAAAGGUAUUGUGAUUUGAAUAUAAUGAUACAUUGCGAAUACUGCAAAAAUGUAAUAUACAUGUAUGUAUGUGUGUUGGUUUUCCUGUGGUUUUAUAUGAGUCUGUUUCUGAAUAUAUAUAAGUUACAUAUUAUGACUAAAAUAUUUAUUGUAGGUAUCAGUAUUUUAUCAAAUUUAGGUAUGUAGCAAUGCAGAGCUUAUAUAGCAACACGUUAUGUUAGAUGUUUUUGUGCAGUUAAUUUUGAGAAAGUUCUUUUAGGUAAAUGAAAGUAUGCGAGAAUGUUUAUUUGCUAUAUAUAUCCAUGCAUAUGUAAUUAAAUGUGAUAACGCUGUUGAUAAAUGUACUUACUUUACCUGUUUAACAGAACAUAGUCAGUUUGCAGCUUAUAGUUAACAUGGUCGGCUUUACAUUAUGAAGUUAUGAGUUUAUCAUCUGUCUCACGGGGAGUACGAAUAAGUUGAGUAUCCACUGCCCUGGAGUUGUUUUUGAUUCCCUAAUGAUUUCCUGUGAUAUGGUCAUUUCUAAGUUAUAUGAAAUUAUUUUACAACAGUUUUUUGUGAAGAUUUUUAUUUAUUUUUUUUUUGUAUCAAAGAUUAUGGGACGAUAGAAAAAUUCUUUUGGAAGCAAAUGUGUAAAAAUAAUUAUUACAUUCCUCUAUUUUUGGAGCAAAUAGUAGCCUAACAGAUACGUUACAGUGUAUAUGGAAAUGCAAAAGUGCAUUUUACUUUUUAAUGCAUGUAGUAAUACAACUAUCAUUAUAUAUAAACACUAUAAAUUUUGAAUAAUUGCAUUUCAAUACAAUCAUCGCAUCUUGAUGAUUCUUGGUGAUUAUAACAGGCCUUGAAUAAAAACAUAUAAAAUAAAUGUUCAGAGACGUA